AAAAAAAAUCAAUCCGCGAGAAAGAACAUAGUCCACUCAAAUCGAUAAGCCAGGAGCAUAAGGGAGUCGUCUUUAUUGGAUCGUCGGAAUUCGCCACCACCGAUAGCCAUGGCAGUCGCAGCCGGAGCCUCUUCGCUGCUUCUAAUUCGAUCAAUGGCUGACAAACCGACUCCAACCAAAACCGUCUCUUCCAAAAAGAGCUCGACGGUCUUCCCUCUCGGCGAGCUCUCUCGCGUGGGCUACACGGCGUCCGGGCCGCCGGUGAAGCUGCUAACGCGGGUGGAGCAGCUGCGCCUCCUCAGCAAGGCGGAGAAGGCCGGCCUGCUGUCGGCGGCGGAGAAGGCCGGGCUGUCGCUGUCGAGUAUAGAGAAGCUCGGCCUCCUCUCCAAGGCGGAGGAGUUUGGGGUUCUGUCGGCGGCGACCGACACCGGAACGCCGUCGAGUCUUCUAGGGCUCAGCCUGUUCCUCCUGGUCCUGGGACCUGCUUGCGUCUUCUUGGUCCCGGAAGACUACCCCUGGGAAAUAGGCCUCCAGGUUGCCGUCGCCGCCGUUUCUAUUGUCGGCGGCUCCGCCGCUUUCGCUGUGUCUAAUCUUAUUUCCACUCUUCAGGGAUCGAAAUAAAACUUCAUUACCAAUUCUAUAAUAUAUAUAUAUAUAUAUAGACUGCAGAAUGGAUGUAAAUUCUUGAAAUGUGGGUGUUGUGUUCUUGAGAUUGCAAGAUUGCAUUUGCAGUUUUCUUCGAUUGUUAUUUAUUUAUUUUUUUUCAA